AUGGGUGGACUGUGGGAAGCUUGUGUGAAGUCAGUAAAAUACCACUUGCAUAGAGUUAUGGGAACUGAAUGCUUAACCUUUGAAGAAGUUGCCACCCUUCUUUCCCAGAUUGAAGCUUGUCUCAACUCAAGACCGAUAACUUCACAGUCCAAUGAUCCAAAUGAUGAAAGACCUCUGACUCCAGCACAUUUUUUGGUUGGUGAUUCCAUUCUCUUACCCAUUGAGCAAGACAAUGCUGAUACGCAAAUGAACAAAUUGCAAAGAUGGAGCAGAGUGCAAUCAAUGGUUCAAUCAUUUUGGAAACGUUGGUCAAACGACUACAUCACAUCACUUCAACAAAGAGGAAAAUGGCACAAGCAAUGUCCUAACAUCAACGUUGGUGACUUAGUCAUAAUCAAAGAAACCAAUAUUCCACCAUCUCACGGGAUGCUUGGCCGAAUCAUUCUCCUUCACCCAGGGACUGAUGGAGUAGUGCGUGUAGCCACAGUCAAGACUGCGCAAACAACACUUAAACGUCCCGUUGUUAAACUUAGUAAAGUUCCUAUUGAUUAA